AUGGCAGCAGGCAGCAGCCAAUGCCUGGCCUGCCAGCAAGGCACUGCACAUCAGGUGGAGCCUCUGAUUGGCCCGUUUGAAGCUGGCGUUCAGUCAGGAAGUCCCGCCCUGAGAUCACGCCAGCCGGUGGAAUUCUCAAAUGGCCAGCAACCAUGUGAGAACUGUCUGACAGAAUGGCAACAGAGCAAGAGGCUGUAACCACCACCCACCUGGAAAGGGUGAGUGUCCAUUGUGUUCUAGAAACAACAAAUUGAGCUUCUGCAGCUCAUUCUUGCCCAGAGUGGCUUUGCGUAAGUGGCCUGAACCUCACUGUGAGAAUCUACAUAACAGUGCUCUCUCCUAUUAUGAUGCAAGAAUGGGUAUGUCAUAUGGAAUGUGCAGCAUCACCAACAACUUUCAACUGUGCUGCUGUGACUCUUGGAACAUCUGCGGCUAACAGUAGGUAAUCCAAAGCAUUUCACUGAAAGCAUUGAAGUUCAUUGUUUAUCUAUCUAUCUAUCUAUCUAUCUAUCUAUCUAUCUAUCUCACACGCAUUCCAAACCAUCUAGGGCCCAUCAGAAUAAGACCUGAGAGACCAGGGUUCAAAUCCCCACUCAGCCGCAAAGCUCACCUUGGGCCAAUCGCUGUCUCUCAGCCUAGCCUGCCUCACAGGGUUGCUGUGUGGAUAAAAUGGGGGAGAAGGAGAACUAUAUACGCCACUUUGACCUCCUUUGGAGGAAGGGUGGGAUACAAAUGCAUUUUAAAAAUAAAAUAAAAAUUAUGCUGGCUUCCUGCAUGCUUAUCCCUAGUCAGAAGUAGAACUGACCAUGUGGUUCUUCCCAGUCUAACUGUAGAGACUGGGCAGACGGCGCACUCUUCAAAAUGCAGUAAUUGUGCUUAUCAGGUAUGGAGGAGGGGCAAUAUUUUGUGUGUUUUUUAAAGGACAAUAGCAUUUAUUAGCUUGUUUACAACAUUUCCAUCCCACACCUUCACCAUAAAUUUAUGAUCCCUGGGUUGACACAGCAAUUGUCCAAUCAGAGAUGGUAAAUUAGGGCUGUUGGGGGGGGGGGAAGAGAAAGCAGGGAGACCAACAGUAGAUGGAGCCUGAGCCACUCACAAGGAUAGCUAGCUAAUUCCAGUUUUGGCUGCUGCCAUCUCCCUCUUGAGUUCUACAACAGCAACACUGAGGCUAAGUAGGAAGAAGAUGACAGUGACACCACCUGGACUCAUUAGUAGGAAAGCAGGUGGGGUCGGGCUAAGGGCAGAUGGAGGUUGGGACAGCAACCCAUUCCCCUAAUGGACCAGCCUCCCCUGUUUUUGCCUGGUGUCUGAAUGGUAGAAGUGAGGGUACCAGGUGGGCCUCCCUAGAGAGUGCAUUCCAAUGGUGAAGACCCACCACUGAGAAGACUUUCUUCAUGCUGACCAGGGAUGAUGAGAGUUGUAUAAGAAGCAGAGUAGAUAAAUAACUACACAACUUUUAGAAGACACCUGUAAAGGGAAGUUUUUAAUGUUUGAUGUUUUAUUCUGAUUUUAUAUCAGUUGGAAGCUGCCCAAAGUGGCUGGGGCAACGCAGUCGGAUGGGCGGGGUACAAAUAAUAAAAUUAUUAUGGUUGUAGUCCACAGCAUCUGGAGGGAACCAUGUUGUCUUCUCGUGGUUCAGGUGGGUGGACUGGACAGCCCGUCUAAUAUGUUGGUUGCUUCUUUCCAUCUGAGAUCGCAAAGCAAGCCCUAAAUGAGUGCAAAGAAGUCUCUACUGAGCUGGCUUGUGUGAGAAGGAGGCUGAACUUAAUUAGCCAUUCCUCUGCAGAGGGUAUUAGCCUCUAGCUAGCCGUAGAAACCUCAACUUCCAUAAAACUUAGACUGACAGUUUAUUAGUUCCAGCUGAAAGUUUACUUUGUAAUUAAGAAAGUGCUUCAGAUGCAUUUUCUAAUUAAAUCAAGGGUAAUUUAUCUGUCACACUUGAAAUGCCUGGGACUAUUUUUGGACUUCUCAUUGGUGAACAUAGGGGCAAUAAAAACAAGCAUGGCUGCCUGCUUAUGCUGGGAAGUUUUAAUGUCUCUUGAAUUCCAUGUUUUAAUUCUCAUAGCCUUUUCAAUUAUACAUGAUAACUCAGUUCAUUUUUUGUCCUUCAAGCCUACUGUGCCAGCUUCUGUCUUUAGGCCACUGCAGUCAGUUUCUUUUAAGAUGUAUUUCUAAGAGUACCAGAACAAAGUGGUUCUAAGUGUGGCUUGACUGAAUUGGACCCACAGUUUAUACAUAUCUCUAGAUUAAAUUUUAAGAAAGCAGAAGAGAUGCACAUCCUGUUCUCCUUCGUUACAGCUGGUUCAUUUCAUGUCACAGUCUUCAAGCUGUAACCUGGAGCUGAGCUUUAAUAUACCUGUUGACUGCUGAAGAAAGAGCUAAGUGAAACAGAAAAGGUUGUGUGUGCUUAAUCUACUGGUUAAUCUCUCGGUUGCACCAAAAAGCGUAUGACUGGUAUGAGGGCUGUAGAUGGAACCAAACGACCAAAGCCUGUGAAUUGUUUUCACCAUGCACAGAAUCAUAGACUCUUAAGGGACCAUGUGGAUCAUUUUAGUCCAACCCCCUGCAAUGCAGCUAUCUAUUGCCAAACAUGGGGUUUGAACCCAGGACCCUGAGAUUAAGAGUCUCAUGCUCUACCAUCUGAGCUAUCACAGCAGGCUUUCUUUAAGCAUGAGGCAUUUGUGCUUGGAACCUUCUAAAGCAGCAUUCCUACCUCCAUAUGGUGGAAGCCUUGCUGCAGAUGGGUAGCUUGACUCUAGGUAAAAGGUAAAGGGACCCCUGACCAUUAGGUCCAGUCGCGGACGACUCUGGGGUUGCGGUGCUCAUCUUGCUUUAUUGGCCAAGGGAGCUGGCGUACAGCUCAUGUGGCCAGCAUGACUAAGCUGCUUCUGGUGAACCAGAGCAGCGCAUGGAAACGCCGUUUACCUUCCCGCCGGAGCGGUACCUAUUUAUCUACAUGCACUUUGACAUGCUUUCGAACCGCUAGGUUGGCAGGAGCAGGGACUGAGCAACAGGAGCUCACCCCGUCGCGGGGAUUCGAACCGCCGACCUUCUGAUCGGCAAGUCCUAGGCUCUGUGGUUUAACCCACAGCGCCAUCCACGUCCCAGCUUGACUCUAGGAGAGAUGGCCAAAUUUGAGCUCCCACCCCCCUCACACACACAUUUUAUCUAGCUGUUUCUUAUACGUGUGCUUCCUGCUCAUCCUCCAAGGAACUCAGAGUGGUGAAUAUGGUGAUUCAAAAGCCUUGGGGGAAAAGGCAUUUUCUAGAAAUGAGUCCGCAGUAUUGACAAAUAACCUGGUUGGGCUGGGGAUAGUUGCAUAGUCUUCCCAGGGUCAAAAAGCAAAUGAUUCGGAAAGGCUUCCACUUUGUAAGAGUCCUGUAAAGAUUACAGUCUAGGUUGGUUUGACGCAAGCUAAAUAAAAUCUCAAAUAACAGACACCCCUAAUCAAAACAUUUAUAUUUGUUUAUCUGUCUAGAAUGCACUUCUCUUUGUCAAUCAACAUACUUUCCUCCUCUAGCAAACCAUUUCUUGAUGAUCCAAAUCUAGUUUAUGCCCUUUCUGUCACCUGAAUCUUCCCUGUCCUGUCCCUAAUAUCCAUUUGGCAAACCCUAACCUCUUCUUGUCCACCACAUUUUUUUGUUUAGCUAUUGUAGAGUACAGGUCCUCUGGAAAAGGACCAAGCUCCAUGUGGGUCCCAGGGUGUGCUCUGAAAGAUGCAGAAAUCUUGUGGAAGCAAAUCUGGCUGAUGUGAAUAGAAUACCAUCUGGGAACGCUAGGCAUGCUUCCCUGAGCUCUCUGGGAGGAAGGUGGGAUAUAAAUGAAAUAAAUAUGAGUGAAGUAGUGUUAGUGCUAGCUGUAGAAGGCAUUCAUAACACAAUAACACAUUCUUCUCCACCACAUUUUUUUAAAGAUCUCCUCACAUCAACUCUAG